CACUCCUUUUUAACUGGACAGUAGCGAUUAGCAACGGGCUUUUCGUCUAAAUAGUCUGAGGAUGCGUACCAAAGCAGGUGCUUCAAUGGCAAAAUCAUUCGAUGCCCAGAAGUAUCUGAAGAGAGUCGGAUUAGGGAAAGAAGAUUAUCACUUCUGGAAGCAAGUGGGAAAAGCUUUGCUCUGUACUUACACUCUGUUUGGUGUGGCGUGGGUGUGGAAUGAAACCUCGCCGCUUGGUUGGUGGACUUUAAAGCCACGGCCAAAGGAAGAAAAAGAAUUAGCACAUCUAUACGAACGCCGGAAAUUUCCAUAUCCAGGUGACGAGAAAGCCAUGGAAGAAUUCGUUGCCAAAGGUGGGAUGAUUGGAACUACAAUUGGUCCCAAGGGAAUCAUCGAAUCUGAUAAAGAUUCAUACAAUUAUCAGAAAGCAUUGCAGGAUAAGAAAGUUGACCAAGAAGCCUUCAAGCUAUGGACGAGGAUGAGGAAUGAGGUCAUUUCUGAGCUUCAAGAGAAAGGGUUUGAUGUAGAGUGAGUUAAUUACUGUUAAUCGGAUUUGCUUCUCUCAUGCUUAUACCUUAAUUGCGCAUUUUGUACCUUGCAAAUUUACUAUUUUGUAGUUGGAUGUUUAAUGUGGGGAAUUACGGAAUAAGGUUUUAACUAUUUUAGCUCAAUCAAGUGCUUUCUCCGCUCUGGUGGACCUUUGCUGUUUA